GUUGCACGCGACCACAUACAACACUCAAGCGCGCCUUGAACAUGGUCUGCAGGGAACGGAGACUAAAAUUUGCUGUUCCUCAGCAAAGCUUUUAAAUAGUGGAUUAGAUAAUGGAAGAGGGUAGUGGUGUCAUUAAACUGGAGCCAUGGUAUUUUUCGUUCGGGUCAUGUCGGGAGGAGAUUGGCGCCCCAUUAACCUGCCUACUCGCCUCGUUUGAUUGCCGAAACAAUAACUACAAGGGUCGUAUUCUAAGAGACGCUCCCUCAUGCAACUGGUUGGCAAGUAACCUAGAUCAUAUCCACCAUCUAGCACUGAUGGCAUCACCUCUUCGAAGUCUUCGAGUGUCUUCUCAUUCCAUCCCUAGCUUCAAUCUCAUCCCAAACACUUCCCUGCAAAAUUACCCUCUCAUCAUAUAUCACGAAUGUUUCCCACCGUCGAUAUCAGCUGCUGUUAUCGAGGCCCAUCUAGAGUCCGUCGGCGUCGUCGAGCCCCAGUGGAGGCUAUGUUUUGGCGGAGAGGACAACCCUGGAAAGGUAGAAACGGAAGUUAAGAUUGGGGAUGUCGUUAUCAUCCCUGCAGGCGUGGGGCACAGGCUCUUGCAAGACUUGGACGGUGAAUUUGAGAUGGUCGGAAGUUAUCCCAAGGGAAUGGACUGGGACAUGUGUUAUGGUAGGGAAGAUGAGAAGGCAAAUAUUGAAGCUAUCAAAGACUUGACAUGGUUUGACAAAGACCCUAUUUACGGUGACGAAGGACCCGCACUUCAGAUAGUAUAUGGUGGCGUGUAACGCGUCUUACGUCGUGCAUUCGUUCGCCAAGCAGGAAAAAUGAAAGAACAAGACAAGUAUCAGCGAGCUAAAGAAACCAGUGGGAAAGUAAGAAGCAAACGAAACAAAGC